CAUGACGACAGAGGCAACAUUCGGGUGAAGUGAAGAGACCAAAAUUUGCCAAAAUGGCGGCGGCUAGCAAAACUUCGGCUAGCUUCCAUAACAUGCCACAUAGGAAUGGCACCUAUAUGGCAACUCACGGUUCUACCUCUUCUUCUGAUGCUACGCCGGACUUGCAUCUAAAAAUGUCGAAGAAAAUUGCCCAGCUAACCAAAGUUAUUUACGCACUCAACACGAAGAACGACGAACACGAAUCAGUGCUUGACACCUUGAAGAAAUCACACGAAGAGGAAAUGCAGCAGCUUAUUGCAGAGACUAAGAACAAGAUAGAAUACUUUAAGAAUCGUUUAGGGGUUGUAAGUGAACAGAGACAGAAGAUUGAGUUGUUAGAAUCGCACGUUUCAAAAGAGAGACUUCAACGCGAAGAGGCUUUGAGCGAGUUUCAAAUUUUCAAACAACUGGCCGAAGAACGGGAGGCUAAAUUACGGAACGAAUACUCAGAGAAAAUGCUGGCUAUUUCUAGGGAAAUGUUAACAUCUAAGAAACACUUUGAGGAUAGAUUGAAGGAUUUCCAAUCAAUGAGGAGAAAAUUUGAGGAAGAUAGAGAUAAAGCGGUAGAAAGUUUAACUGGUAAGCACCACGAAGAACUCGAUCAACUUAUGAAAGCGCAUAGAGUUCGAUAUGAUGAAGUCGUUAAAGAGAAACAAAAGGUCGAAAAGGAUUUAAACGAAAAGCUUGCUAGGGCCCUAGCACAAGCCGAAGCUAAAACAGAUAACGCACUCGACGAGAAAAUGCGGAUUGAAAAGGAAUACCAAGAUAAAAUGGAUAAACUGAAAACUUUUUACGAGAAAGAAUUAGCUGCCUUGCGCACAACUCUGGAAUCGCAAGCGAAAGAAUCUGUCGAAAAAUCUUGGGAAGAAAAAGAAAAUCAACUUAAGCAGAGUUGGAGUCGCCAGGAGAGAAUAUUUAAGGACAGAAUUUCGGAGCUUUUAAACCAACUAAGUGAUGGCGAACAAGAGUUAUCGAAUUUAAAAAGUCAGUUACGAGAAAUGGAUGGCCAAGUUCAAAAUAAACAUAGCGAUGCUGUACAACUAUCGAGGGAGUUAGAAGAGUCGCGAAAGGAAACAUCAAACGCAUUGGCGGAAGUGAGAGAAUUACAGAACGAAUUGGUGAUAUCAAGGAAAAAGUGUAAAGAUCAAGGAGCUGAGAUUUCAAGACAAUCAUCUCACAUUGGAAAGCUUGAAGCUACUAAAUUAUCACAAGAAACAAAUAUUCGAAGCUUGAAAGCUAACAUCAAUGAGCUGAAUAGUAAAUUAAGCAAGUAUGAAGGGGACUAUGAAGAACUUGAGAAACAAUACAAGACCCACUUUAUGGAAUCGGGAGAACACAUACAGUCUCUUAAAGAGGAAAUCAGUAAGGUCACUGCACAGAAACUGGAGAUUGAAGGCAAAUACCUGAAGGAAUUAAAUCUUUCUAAAGAGAGUGCAUCUGAGAGAGAGAACAAACUAAAGUCAGAACUGGAAGAAACAAGCAAGAGGUUAAAAGCAGAGCAUACCAGUGAAUUGGAAACUCUUCAUAGCGAGUACAAAGACAAAUUAAGAAAGCUUGAUGUAGAAUUGAAGGAGCAAGCACAAAAUGAAAAAGCCACUCUUUUGUUAGAGAAGUCACAGGCUGUUAGUAAAAUUGAAAAAGAAUGCGAUGAACUGAAGAGGAAGCUAAAUAACAUUGAAGUUGAGGCUGCAAGAUUGAACUCUCUGGUUCAAGAGAGUGAGAAGGGACUUGGGUCAGCUUCUUCACAUAUAGACAGUCUUAAACAGUCAUUGAACCAGACUAAAGAUGCCCUUGAAAAAACUCACCAAGAACUCCAAGAUACCAAUGAAAGAUUUCAACUAUUACAGGGUGAGCAUGCAAAACUCCAGUCUGAAUAUGAUCAAUACAAGAUUGAUGCUGCGGCUGAGCUCCAGAAUAAAUUAUUAUCUCUGAAGACUGACAUAGAUGAGAAAUGGGCUGAGAGGUUGAGCAAAGAGUGCAGUGAGUUAAGAGAAGGCUUGCAAAGUCAGCACAACAAAGAGAGAGAACUUGCCCUACAGGAAAUGAGUUAUAUCAAGGACCAGGAGAAGGAGGAGGUUCAAACAGAGCUACAAAACAAGAUAGCAUCUCUAAGAGUCACGGUGGAAAGUCUUCAGAAAGAUAAUGCUAGCCUCCAGCAAAACACUAAUGCAUAUAUUACAGAGUUGCGUAGUGCUCUGGACAAAAGAAAAGCAGAUGCCUCUAUUGCUGAGCAGGAGCUACGGGCAGAGCUGAAUCAACAGCGUCGACGUCUGGAGGAGGAGCUUGCAAAGGCAGCUUUUGAGCAUGGCAACAAGAUGCAAAGUAUGCAGGAAGAGCAUGCAGAAGAGAUGAGGAAGGCAAAAGAGAUGGCAGAACAAGAUCUUAAGGAUCUUGAGGCUAGAUUAGAAGCCAAGUACAGAGAGGAGUCCAGCUUUAACCUACAAGCCAACAAGGUGGCUCUUGAAGCUGUGAAAUCACAACAAGAAAAACAAAGACAGAAAGAACUAGCAGACCUAAAAAAUCAACACGAAGCUGACCAAGAGGCACUGCGCAACGAGUUAGUCCGCAAACAGCAGGCUGAUGUCCAGAGGCUAAAUAAGGAAUACGAAACACAAAUGAUGGCACUGAAACUACAGCUUCAGAGGACCGCAGAAAUCAGAGAGCGACAGGAAGCAGAAUUUGAGCUGAAGCUGGAUGACCUGCGGGCAGACAUUCAAGAGAGAGAUUCCCAGAUCAAGGAGCUUGAUUCUGAGAUGGCAGAGGUGACAGAGAAUAUUGCCAAGCUCCAGCAUGAACUACAAGGCAAGGGGCAGGAAAUACUGUCCAUAAGAAGAGAAAGCAAUGCACAGUUCAGAAAACGCGAGGAAGAACUUGCCAAACUCCACCAGAGAGAAGUUGACUCCCUCACGGCAGACCACUUGUGCGAGACCCAGUCCAUGCUGGAACAGUUCAACCGAGCCAAAGAACUCCAGCGGGACAAGAUAUCAGCAUUGCAACUCAUGCUUGAAGAAGCAGAGAUCAGGUUCAAGAGUCGUGAGUCGAGGACUGAGGACUUGGAUCUUAUACAAGAGCUUAAACAAAUGUUAGCAGAGAGAGAGCUGGAGAUGAAGAAAUUACUGGAGGAGAAACGAUACUUCCAGCUGGAACUCUUAAACAGAGAAACAAACUUCAACAGAGUGUUCAACAAAAAUGGAGCCCCAAAUGUAGGAGUCAUCAACCCCCUUAAUGCCAAGACCAAGGUUACAAGUAAAGCUAGCCAAAGCACCAGUGGAAUGUUGAUGUCUUCAUCUAGAUUGGAUCCCAUACCCCAGAUGCCUGUCCAUGAAAAAAGGCUCAAUAAUAGUAAAGUGUUGCCGCCCACCCCGCCCAAAGACCCUCCUCCAAACCACAGAAGAACAAUUGUAUACUGAAACUAUAUAUUUUUUUCAAUUUUGCAAAAUUUACACUGUAUAUAGUAAACUAUGUAUAGUUUUUAUAAUAUCACAUAGAGUAAUUACCUAAAUAAUUUAUUAAACAUAUUGUCAAGAAAGCUGUUGGUGGCAUAAAUGUACAGUAUAUACAGAUUGAUGAGUGGAGCACUUGUGGAUUAGAACACUUAGAAUAAACAGUGUUUGUUUAAAAA